AGACUUUUUGGACACACACACUCUCUCUCUCUACCGAAUUCUCUCUCUCUCUCUCUCUCUCUCUCUAAUUCUGACCCGCCGCCGACCUUCUCCAGUCGGCGAACGGCGCGCUGCAGCGGAAUCAACCUCGCUGUCUAGCUCUACAUCUCACGCUAGCUGAAAUAGGAAAAGUUUUGAAGCGCUCAAAUUUCCUCAGCACUAAUUUUAUGCGCUUGAAGAUCAAUAGAAUCGUUAUUUUACUGGUUUAGAGAAAUCUCAGCGCCAUGAAUGAGUCGGCAGCUUCUGGCGACUCUUCUUCUGGUAAUCAAACGAUCUCUCCGAAACCAGCUGCGAAGAAGAAACGCAAUCUGCCUGGAACUCCAGAUCCUGAUGCCGAGGUGAUUGCCCUAUCGCCGAAGACGCUGAUGGCGACGAAUCGAUUUGUGUGCGAAGUCUGUAACAAAGGCUUCCAAAGGGAUCAGAAUCUGCAGCUGCAUCGGAGGGGCCACAAUCUGCCGUGGAAGCUGCGGCAGAGAUCGAGCACGGAUGUGAAGAAGCGUGUCUACGUCUGCCCCGAGCCGAGCUGCGUCCACCACGAGGCGGCGCGGGCGCUGGGCGAUCUGACCGGGAUCAAGAAGCAUUUCUGCAGGAAGCACGGCGAGAAGAAGUGGAAAUGCGACAAGUGCUCUAAGAAAUACGCAGUUCAAUCCGACUGGAAGGCGCAUUCGAAGAUUUGCGGAACGAAAGAGUACAAAUGUCAAUGUGGAGUCGUGUUUUCGAGGAGGGACAGUUAUAUCACUCACAGGGCAUUCUGUGAUGCUUUGGCAGAUGAAGGUGCAAAAAAAGCUCCUUUGGCAGCCGAGCCUGCUGCUGAUGCGGCUAAAGAUCUUGAAACUAGGGUUUCGUCGGCGCUGCCACCAUCGCAGCAGCAGCAAGCCUCUACACCUGAAGAUCCUCCUCAAGCUGCAGCUGAUGUUGCUUCCAGUAUAGUACCUGAUAACAGCAGUGAUGAUAAUAGUAAUCAUGUGACGGAGUUGCUGGAUAGCACCAUUGCCAAUCCCAGUAGCAGCCAGAUUUUGGAAGAGUCGCCUAACGCCACAAGCUUAGCCGCGAGAUGCAGCAGUAGCAGUUGCUCUGGCAGUAGUGGGAGCUCAAGCAGUAAUGUAUUUGCCAGCCUAUUCGCUUCAUCCACAUCUUCAGCAAGCUUGCAACCGCAAACAACUGGAUUCACCAACUUAUUUCAAUCCGUUGCUCGCCCUGAUUAUACCCCUGAUGCCGCACCCUCUUCAUCGUCAGAACCUGUAGCUCUCUGUCUGGCUGUCAAUCAAGGCUCAUCAAUCUUCGGAAAUGCAGGACAGGAGCGCAGGCAGUAUCCUCCAGCGCCACCACCCGCUCUCUCAGCAACAGCAUUGCUGCAGAAGGCUGCUCAGAUAGGCGCUGCUGCACCAAACAUGUCAUUGCUGAGGGGUCUUGGGAUAGUUUCGUCUUCCUCAUCUCCCAAUUCUACCGAGGAGUGGAGUCAGCAGAAAAUGGAGACAAGUGGGGGAUCAUUAGCUUCCGGGCUCGGGCUCGGACUAGGCUGUGAUAGUGGGUCUGGUUUGAAGGAAUUAAUGUUGGGAACUCCAUCCGUUUUCGGCCCAAAGUACACUACUCUCGACCUUCUCGGGCUGGGGAUGGCUGCUAAUGGUGGCUCAACGGCAGGGUAUCAACUUUAAUGAUGGUGUCGACGUUUCUGCAGCAGCAUAAGAUUUGUCUGUUUGAAGGUUUGUUGGUGCACCCAUAUUUAUCUUUCUCUCCAGAAAUGCUAGUAGCAGUUGUGAUAUGUGAUUACUGAUUAGUAUAGUUCAAAUAUGUAAUUUUACUAAGUAGAACAGUAUGUUGGAUAGUCAAAUAUAUAAAUAAUUAGAAGUUGAAUUACUUUAGUGAUCA